AACUCUAGGCCAGACCCUUUGAGACUAGAACUUCCAGGGCAGGAAAAUCAGCAACUGUAGAAGGUUAUGGCAACUAAGGAUGAUAUUGCUCAGCUCAAAAAAUCAAUACAGGAAUUGCGCAGAGGACAAUUAGAGAUUCUCUUGAAACUAGACGACUUGCAAGAAAAGCUGGAAGGAGGAGGAGGAGAAGGGAAGAAACCAGCAGAACCAGAGCCAAUUCUUACUUGUGUUCACUGCUCUGCAGAAUAUGAAGAAUCCAAAAAUGCAGUUGGAAGCUGCUAUUAUCACAGCGGAACGUUGAGAGGAGUUGGAUGGGAUUUCAAGUAUACCUGCUGUGGAAAGAGCAGCAAGAACUUUGAGUCUGCAAAAUUUAUAGCAGGAUGUGCCAAAGGGAAGCACAGAUCUGUUCAUCAUACCGAGUUUACUUAUGCCAACUACAUCUUUUACAUGCAAGAGCAGUCAGAGAAAGCAACUGAAGUAUGGAUGGAGAUGGACAUUGAAGACAAUAUCACUGAUAGAUGCAUGUGGGCAGAGGUCAGCUAACUAGUAUGAUAUAAUGGGAUAAUUAUCGAAGUACAAAGUUUUAUGAGUAGCAUUGUGAC